CACUGACUGCCGCCACGCAGGGCCUUAUUUCACCUACUCUGCCACAUAGGAAUGGAGUAAACAACCGCCAUCGCAUGGAGACUAAUGUAUAAAUAUCCCCACCAGCACGCAAGAAUCAUGAGGAGUCUCAUCAAGCACGCCGCACCGCAAGCCUCAAGCCAGCUGCAUCCAUUCCUUCCUUCUUCCUUGCUGCUUUUCUUCACUUCAGUCAUUUGUCUGUUUAAGCAGUAGUCAGCUAGUCUACUAGCAGCCCAGCCCGCCAUGAAGCUAUCCAUCAACGCUAUCCUCGUCGCAGCCCUCGCGGCCCUGUCUGUCGCGUCCCCGCUGCCCGCAGACGCAGACAUCACCCUCGAGCGUCGCCAGCUCAUCAGCUCUGAUGACCUGAAGAACGGCGACUGCAAGCCCGUCGCGUUUAUCUUUGCGCGGGGAUCCACGGAGGCUGGAAAUAUGGGCUUCAUCGUCGGCCCCCAAGUCUGCAGCGACCUAAAGUCGCGCCUGGGCCGCAACAACGUCGCAUGCCAAGGCGUCGGCGGCGCAUACACCGCCGGGUUGAUCCCCAACUUCCUGCCCGAAAACACCAACCGGCAGUCCAUCCAGGCCGCCGUCGACAUGUUCGAGCUGGCGGACAAGUGCCCUGAUACGCAGAUCGUGGCCGGCGGAUACAGCCAGGGCUCGGCCGUGAUUUCUGGCGCGAUCCAGGAUAUUUCGGAUUCGCUCAGGGCCAAGGUUAAGGGUGUGGUCCUGUUUGGGUAUACGCGCAACUUGCAGGACCGCGGGCAGAUUCCGGGGUAUCCCAAGGAUCAGACGAAGGUUUAUUGUGCGGUGGGGGAUCUUGUGUGCUCGGGGACGCUGAUUAUCACGGCGAGUCACUUGACCUAUGGGAUUAAUGCGGGUGCGGCGGCGAGGUUUUUGGCGGAUACGGUUGAUAUCUAG